UAUAGUUCUGUUCAUGGGUUAUGACCAUAUGACCACAGUUAUAGUUCUGUUCAUGGGUUAUGACCAUAUGACCACAGUUAUAGUUAUGUUCAUGGGUUAUGACCAUAUGACCACAGUUAUAGUUAUGUUCAUGGGUUAUGACCAUAUGACCACAGUUAUAGUUCUGUUCAUGGGUUAUGACCAUAUGACCACAGUUAUAGUUAUGUUCAUGGGUUAUGACCAUAUGACCACAGUUAUAGUUCUGUUCAUGGGUUAUGACCAUAUGACCACAGUUAUAGUUCUGUUCAUGGGUUAUGACCAUAUGACCACAGUUAUAGUUAUGUUCAUGGGUUAUGACCAUAUGACCACAGUUAUAGUUCUGUUCAUGGGUUAUGACCAUAUGACCACAGUUAUAGUUAUGUUCAUGGGUUAUGACCAUAUGACCACAGUUAUAGUUCUGUUCAUGGGUUAUGACCAUAUGACCACAGUUAUAGUUCUGUUCAUGGGUUAUGACCAUAUGACCACAGUUAUAGUUAUGUUCAUGGGUUAUGACCAUAUGACCACGGUUAUAGUUCUGUUCAUGGGUUAUGACCAUAUGACCACAGUUAUAGUUAUGUUCAUGGGUUAUGACCAUAUGACCACAGUUAUAGUUCUGUUCAUGGGUUAUGACCAUAUGACCACAGUUAUAGUUCUGUUCAUGGGUUAUGACCAUAUGACCACAGUUAUAGUUCUGUUCAUGGGUUAUGACCAUAUGACCACAGUUAUAGUUCUGUUCAUGGGUUAUGACCAUAUGACCACAGUUAUAGUUCUGUUCAUGGGUUAUGACCAUAUGACCACAGUUAUAGUUCUGUUCAUGGGUUAUGACCAUAUGACCACAGUUAUAGUUCUGUUCAUGGGUUAUGACCAUAUGACCACAGUUAUAGUUCUGUUCAUGGGUUAUGACCAUAUGACCACAGUUAUAGUUCUGUUCAUGGGUUAUGACCAUAUGACCACAGUUAUAGUUCUGUUCAUGGGUUAUGACCAUAUGACCACAGUUAUAGUUAUGUUCAUGGGAUAUGGCCAUAUGACCACAGUUAUAGUUAUGUUCAUGGGAUAUGGCCAUAUGACCACAGUUAUAGAUGUGUUAUGACCAAUGUUGUCUUUUUAUGGGUGAUCAAAUAGCUGAGCUCAUCAGGGCUGAUUCAGACACUACAGGAUGUCAAUCCCACAGACUUCCUCUAAGCCUCAUGCAUUUCCUGUUCCAUUGCCGUGUGUGUGUGUGAGAGGGAGAGAGAGAAUUACCUGAUUUCAUCUGGUGCUAAUAUUAGACUAAUAGCCAUUAAAUUGUGUAUAAAAUGUCAUUUGUAAUGUGCUUGAAAAUGCAAGAAAAGAUGGCUGCUGGUUGGCAGAAAUAAUUAUUUUGUUUGAUGUUUUUAUACUUUUAUACUCAACUAUGUAUUGUGCUGGUGCUAAGUAACAAGUAAGUAACCAUGCAUUCCUGAUUGUUGGACGUAAUGGUCCAUUUGUCUGUAUGAAAAGAAAGACCGAUGCCUUUGCAAAUAAUGGUGUAAGUCCUUUGUUCAUUCGGCUCCGAUACAAAUAAAGAAACCGAUAUUAUA